CGACCAUCGACAAUUGGCCACGAGGACCCACCACUACAAUUGAGGAACGGCGACGACCCCCCACGAACAGCCAGGAGGGCCCACCCCCACCAUUGACGAAUAGCCACAAGGGCCCACCACCAGGAUCGACGGACGACGACGAGUGCCCACUAACGUCCACGGGGCCACCACCAGUAUCGAUGAAUGGCUACGACCGCCCACAACCACGAUCGUCGAGCGGCCAUGGGUGCCCACCACGACGAACGGCCACGGGGGCUCAUCACCACAUUCGACAAACAGCCAUGGGCGCCAACGACCAUGAUCCACAAACGGUCAAUAGCACCGUCAACGAUUCCCCAGUCUGCCCCCAUCCUCCACCCCCGCUCUCUCCCCCACAGACCCACCUCACAUAA